AUGAAUAAUCAAUAUAUACGAAGGGAAGUCUUCUGCUGUGAAACCUGUCAUGAUCUUAAAAGCUUCUGGGAAAAAGAAAUUGGCAAACAAACUUGCUAUCGGGAAUUGGAGGAAGAUCGUCAGGGAAGAAGUGCCCUGACAAAGCUCAGAGAUGAAUGGAAGCAGAUGUUGGAAAAAAGGUUAAAGAUGCUGGAUAAUCCUGAUGAGAAUGAAAAGCCCACCAAUGCCAAAUGA